AAAGAAUUUAAAGUAGCGUAAAAUAAAUUAAAAAAAGUACGGAAAGAGAGCAAAAUAUUUACCAUUAAUGUUAUAAGUUAGUAUUUAAAGGGUCAAGAACGCGAUCGAAAGUAAAGAAUGUUAUUUUUAUAAGUGUUUCUAAGUUGUUUUGUGAUUUUUUCAUAACACUCGCUCGGAGAAAAGUACACAAGAGGAAUUAUAAUUUUUUUUCGCUCUGGUUGUGAAACAGCUAUUUCAUCUUUAUUAAAAAUUCGACACUUAUACAUCUUACUAUUUGAUUGAUCAUGGCUCUGAAUAUUGCCGUCCCGUUGUCCGGCGUAAGUGAUAUGCUGGGCGAAAAUUUCAACUUAAUCUCACCAAUGUCGCUACAAUCGUCCGCCAAUGCAUCGCCAAACUUUGAUUGCCGUACCACGACGAAGGUGCUGUGCUCGCCCAUCGACAGCGAAUCAAGUGGAAUCAGUUCGUUAGAUUCGGAGGAAAUCAAGAAAUCUUCUGCGUCAUCCACUCCAACUGACGAUGAGCAUGGGGCCGAUCCCCCAUCCAUGAUAACCAGUGACUUAACAUCGGAGCAAAAGACCCACCUUCUCUCUCCCAAGCCAAAACAUGCCACAACCACCGAAAAAACGAUUGAAACUUCUACGACUAUCGCUACUACCACGACGAAGACGACGGAUGAUGAACAAGAGACGAAGAACAAGACUGAAGAAACUAAUCAAAACGAAAAACGCUCGAACGACGUCGACAUCGCUGCGGAAGAAAUCCCCGAAGCGCCAAUUGCGAAGCCUCAAGUGUCGCCAAACUACGAGUCGCUCUCGAUCACUGCGAACGCUCGCAACAUUCUCGAUCUCGGCGCAAAUCUCAUGGGCCACGUCGGAAAUAACGGCAACAUCGUAUGGCAGCACCAAGGCUUCAUGCGUUACGCCGUCUUGCCGACAAACAACAAUUUGCGCUUCUUCCUCGAGAAUCGUUCGCAAUACCAUCGACUCGGCGCCAAUGGCCACUUGCAGGAAUUCAACCUUGUCGAUUGCAAAUGCUGUGAUUUUACUUAUCCCAUAAACGAGAAUCAUGCGGCGCCCAGUGGCAGUGCCUGCAGCAACAUUUUAAAGAGUGUCAGUGAGAUGUGUUUUGGCGGAAAUGUUGUCGCGCCGCCGCAGCCCCCAACUUGCCAUCAGCCACAAAUUCAACGUCCAUCCGCGCAAAACGGAAUGUAUGCCGCCAACCAAAAUGCCUCCAAAUACAAUCACGAUGCGCCAAAUUUCGACCAUUUCAUGUUCAACAACAACUUGAAUGCCGCCCUCAAUCGCAGCAAUUAUCAGUCCAACAACAUUUUGGAGAAUAUCGCUGUGGCGUUGCUCAAUACCACAAACAGUGCCGGCAUGAAUAUGAAUGGAAAUGGCGGCAAUAACGGGCAUCACUACAAUCAGCAAUAUGGCGGCAAUAAUCACUACGGAACCAAAAAUUACAACACAUCACAUUCUUCUUACAACAACCACAACUUUAACAAUUCGUACAAGCAGUUUAAAGCCAAGCAAGAACACAUUGAUCAUUUUAGAGGAUAAGAUUUUGACUUUUUUGGACGCAGUUUUUAACUUUAAGCAAAAAACAAAAAUUUUAAUACAAAGAUCUACAAAAGUGCAAAGCAAUUCCAGUAUCUCUCUUACCAUUCUUUAAGAAAAAAAAAACACUAAAAAACUUUAAAUAGUCAUUUAUCAAGUCAUUCAAAGUGCUCAUUAGUAAAAAAAAAAUUAAAUAGUUAAAAAAAAAGUUAACCACACACGAGAUAAUUAAUGCGGAGAUACUUUCCUUAGAAAAAUAUUAAGAUAAUUUUGUAACGCAUGCGUAUGAAGUUUUUUUUCUCAAUUUAAAUAUUUAACGACAACGCAACAUUUAUUAAAAUUUAAUCAUUAUUACUAUUUUUUAUUAUUAUAUUAUUAUUAUUAAUUAUAUAGUUACACCUGUUUUUGUUUUUUUUAUUAAUUAAUAAUUAUUAAUGAUAUUUUGUUUUUUUCUAUCUCUUUUUUUAAAAAGAAAAAAAAAUAUUGUUAAAAAUUCAAGUGUUUUAAAAAUAACUAUAGUCUUAAAAACGUACCUUAAUAAUUAUAUUAUAUUAUAUAUAUUAGAGAGUGACAAAGUACUAGAGCGAAUUAUAAGUGCUAAUUGUUAUAACAUGACAUGAUAAUGAUAGUAGUUCCUAAAAACACACAAAUAGCUUCUUCUUUGAAAGAAAUCAUUCUCAAAAAAAAAUACCAAAUCUUCUUAACUUUUUUCCUUAUAGAUUAAAUCUUUCAGUAUUUUUCGAAUCACAAAUUGUCACUUUUUUGGGUUAGUUUACCGCAUUUUUGUUAUUUAAGUUUUUUUUGAGUCAAGAGAGAGAGUUUAUUCACAAUUUUUUUUUUCUAACAAUAUUUUAGUAGAACUAGAAUUAAGAAAAUGGUUUCACAAGAAAAAAUAUUAAUUAAUUAUUAUUGUAGUUGAAUUUUUUUUUUUUUGAAUAUGUACUGACUCACAUUUAAUAUGAAUGAAAAAAAUAAU